ACGCCCAGCUUAGCAGCUGUUAAACAUAUAUAGUACUAGGUCAUGUUUUUCGCUUCCCAAAUUAAGCACUCGACUAAUCUAAGCUCGAAGGCAGCUCUAUAUACUCCUGUUCUGUUUCUCCAGUGUGUCCAUUCGCAUUCCUUCACACCUACCUCAUCCAUCAAGAUUCAAGGCCGAUUGCUUGGUUCAUUCGCUCCAGGCUAGCGAUAGAUGGCACUGCCUCGUGGCGUGGUCCUCUUCUUCCUUCUCCUCCUCGUGGCAGAGAUUGGCACGAUCGAAGCCAAGAAGCUAUCGAAGCAUGCCAAGAAGACGCCGAAGUCCCUGAUGAAGGAGGAGGAGGAGGAGGAGGAGGAGGAGAACCACUGCCUGUCGCAGAGCCACCAGUUCAAGGGCUUUUGCUUCAGCAGCGACACCUGCGCCGCGGUGUGCAUGGAGGAGAGCUUCCACGGCGGAGAGUGCAAGUUCGAGAACGCCCUGCGCAAGUGCUUCUGCAAGAAGCCCUGCUAGUUUAUCGGGGUCGUCCAUUUCAUUUGUUUGAUUUCACACGUGACAUGCUCAUCUCGUUCCAAACAUGUCGCGAUCCUGUCAAUUGCCGAGGGUUGGCUAUUGAACUUCGUAGGUUUUGGUGUUCGAAACUAUCAUUGUUUUCAAAUUGGUAUUUGUAACUGUUUUUAAUGUCGUUUUCGCUGCUGUAUCUUUUUAGAAAAUGGAAAUAAGUCCGACCAAGUGUUUAAGGAGUA